AUGUUCAGAGCACAAUUAGCCAGAGGGUCUAGAAGAUUACUUUCGACCAAGAAGCAGCCAUCCAUUGGUAGAUUCACUGGUCAGCCUGACGCUUCGACGGGUAAGUUUACCGUGUCUUUCAUCGAGGGUGACGGUGUGGGACCUGAGAUCUCCAAGUCUGUGAAGGAUAUCUUCGCUGAAGCCAAGGUUCCUAUCCAGUGGGAAAAGUGUGAUGUGACCCCUCUAUUCAUUAACGGUCUAACGACGAUCCCCGAGCCUGCUGUCAAGUCGAUUAACAAAAACUUGAUCGCGCUAAAGGGCCCAUUAGCGACUCCAAUCGGUAAGGGUCACCGUUCUUUGAACUUGACACUAAGAAAGACAUUUGGACUUUUUGCCAAUGUGCGUCCAGCUAAGUCUAUCGAAGGUUACAAGACGCCUUACGAUAAUGUCGAUUUGGUGUUGAUCAGAGAGAACACGGAGGGUGAGUACUCCGGUAUUGAACAUGUGGUUGCGCCUGGCGUGGUUCAGUCUAUCAAGCUAAUUACUAAGGACGCAUCCGAAAGAGUAAUUAGAUACGCCUUCGAGUACGCCAGAGCCAUCGACAGACCAAUUGUGUCCGUCGUCCACAAGUCCACCAUUCAGAGACUUGCUGAUGGUCUCUUUGUCAACGUUGCCAAGGAGCUGGCUAAGGAGUAUCCUGAUAUCAAGUUGCAGACGGAGCUUCUUGACAAUGCUGUGUUGAGUGUAGUCACUGACCCUGCCAAGUACUCAGAUAUAGUUACCGUUUGUCCAAACUUGUACGGUGAUAUCUUGUCUGACUUGAACUCUGGUCUAAGCGCCGGUUCUUUGGGUUUGACUCCUUCUGCCAACAUUGGUCACAAAGUUUCCAUCUUUGAAGCCGUGCAUGGGUCUGCACCUGACAUUGCUGGCCAAAACAAGGCUAACCCAACUGCUUUGCUAUUGUCUUCGGUUAUGAUGUUGAAUCACAUGGGUUUGACUGAACACGCUGAUAAGAUUGAGAAGGCGGUUUUGUCCACCAUCGCCUCUGGCCCAGAAAACAGAACUGCUGAUUUGGCCGGUAGCGCUUCAACCUCAUCCUUCACUGAGGCUGUCAUGAAGAGAUUAUAA